AUUAGAUAACCUUUCCUUACUAUCCAGUAUCCAGUUUCUCUGUGCUCAAUUCAAAUCCCAUUUCGAUAACCCCAACAUUUUCAGCGCAAAUAUUACUGAAAUUUAAUUAUACUACUUAUUAUAUACAUAAUCUUUAUUAUAUUUAUUAUUUUCUUCUUCCUUGUUUUAUUUCUUGCGUAUUUUAGCCAGUAUUAUUAUUGUUGUUGUUUCACUGCUUUCAGGGGAACGGAAAAAAAGUGAAACGAGUGCAAGAAGAGUAAAUAAGACAGUGUGCGCAUUCGUUAGUUUUCUUGGCUCUUCGCAUUCGAUGCUCCUCUGUUUCUCUUCUCUCGUGCCUUCUAUUCUCCUUUCAAAUUAGGGUUUCCGUAAAACCAAAAACUCUUACCCUCUUUCCUUCGAUUCUCUCCUGAAAAUAGGCCAUCAUUGUUGAGGCAGGGAUUUGUGGUCGGAUAUAAUGUCGUCGUCGAAGUACCCCAUACUUGACAACCGGCCGAUUCAUCAGUGGAAGGUUACAGAACUGAAAGAGGAGCUGAAGAGGAGGAGAUUAACCACCAAGGGUUUGAAGGACGAGUUGGUGAGGCGAUUGGACGAAGCUCUUCGUGCUGAGAUGGAGGCUGAUGAGACUGCCUCGAAGGAUGAUGCAAACGGUUUUGAGGUCCAUGCGGGUGGUGGCAGUGAAGAUUCGCAAACGGUUGCUGCAGAUGUUGAAGUGGUUCAAACAAUUGAAGAGGAAAGUGUCCAAACCAUGGAAAAGGGGAAUAAUGAUAAUGUUGAGCCAACUCAAGAAGUUGAGACUGUGGAGAAGGGGAAUACUGUUGUAGUUGAGCCAAUUGAUACAGAGAGCACAGAGAAAGUUCAGGAGGAUGUGGAUGACGACAGCAAGAAGAAUGACAAGCAGGGUGGUGUUGCCAACCCAGUUGACAUUAACAGUAGUGUGUCAGCUGUGGAUGAAGAUAUCGAACAAGCUGGUUUGCCAGCCGGUGUAGAUCCUGAAAAUGUGAAAGAUGAGCAAAGUGCUCAUGGCUCUACUGUGGAGACAUCCGAUAAAAUCACGGAGACUGUAUCAACUGAAGUAGUGGUCAGUGAUCAGCAUACUCAUAGUGAAGUAAAGAGUAACAAUGAUUCGACAAUCAAGGUGGAGAAUGAGGAAUCAAAGGCGCAGCUGGACAAUGAGGUCCCAAAGCCCCAACUGGAGUGUGACACAAAGCCCCAACUGGAGUGUGACACAAAGCCCCCGUCUGAGGAUCUCAUGCCCAACACUUCUGUUCCAGAAAACCAGGUAUCUGAGGUCAACCCUAGUUUAGGGUUUCAAGUAAAAUCUGAUUCUAUUUCUAGUGAUUCUGUGUCAAUUAAUCAAAAGAAUGAAUUAAAGGAUACUAUAAUUACUGAUAAUGUCAAAUUAGAACAAGAUAUUGUUAGGCCGGAGAUGGUGGAAGAACCAUCAUCCAGAAAAGAUGUACCUGUAUCACACUCAAUGGAUGUUGGAGGGCUGCUUGAGAAAAAGGCAUCUGUUGAGGAAAAUAGCAAUAAUGUUACGACUCCAGACUUGAACAAGAUCAAUAGCAAUGAUGAUGUGGGGUAUCCAGAAAAGUUAAACCUAGAUAGAAGUUCUGGUGAUGAUUCCAUGGAAGAGGAUUUACCUGAGAGUAAACAUGUUGAUUCUAAGUUUGAUGUUGAUGAAAGAGACAAUGUGGAGAAUAUUGAGGUGUCCAUUGUGAAGGAGGAAAGUAAAACUAUAGUCGCGAAGAAUGAUCUAUCUGCAGGGAAAACUGAUACUCAUCAGGACAUUGACAUUAGUCCUGUUGCCUUGGCUGAGAAACGAAAAUUUAAUGAGCAAGUUUCAGUUGGGAGCAAUGAGCCUGCAAAAAGGCAACGCAGGUGGAACACCGAAACAGUUAAAGGGCCAGAUCUGAAAAGCACUGUUCCCAGAGCUGCAACUACACCAAAGGACGAGCCAGUUGCGCUGAAACGCAACUUCUCUAGGUCUGAUUCAACUGUAACUGAUGAUGCACCUAAAGAACGCAUUGUUCCACCAUCACAAAAGCCCCCAACUAAUUCCCUCCGAAUCGAUCGUUUCCUCCGUCCUUUUACCCUAAAACAAGUGCAAGAGCUUCUUGGUAAAAGUGGGAGUAUCACUAGUUUCUGGAUGGACCAAAUAAAGACCCAUUGCUAUGUUACUUACUCAUCAGUUGAAGAAGCUAUUGAGACCAGAAAUGCUGUGUAUAAUUUGCAAUGGCCUCCAAAUGGUGGGCGGCUCUUAGUUGCCGAGUUUGUUGAUCCUCAGGAGGUGAAAAUGAAGUUAGAACCUCCUCCUCCUCCUCCUCCUGCAGCCGCCCCUGUCAGCAGUGGUCCAGCAGUUCUUCCUACACCACCAUCCUCACAACCAGAGCCUUCCCCCCGUAUGCGCAGGGAGCAACCUCCAGCUCCAGCUACUCUCCCACCUCCACCUCCAUUGUCGAAGCUCCCACCAGCGGCAAGGGAACGGCUUCCGUCCCCACCGCCCCUUCCAGAGAAGGUUGACCCACCUAUUCUCACGUUGGAUGAUCUCUUCCGCAAAACCACAGCAACUCCUCGCAUCUACUAUUUACCUUUGUCUGAAGAGCAAGUAUCUGCUAGACUUGCAGCUUGCAGUAAAAGCACUCGGAUGUAGGUAAAUAGCAUGCUAUAUGUCACCCUGGCAGCUUUUGCUGAUUUUCGUGUUCUUGCCAUCAAGCUAGUUAGUGUUGAGUUAUGGAAAUGUUAUCUUAUUCCUAAUGCACCUUGUGAACUAAAUUUGAUUAGUUUUAGAAGUGUCAUAAACUAAGAGCUACUUGAGUGGACGAAUUUCCCCCGCUGUUGAACAAGUUAAAGUGAACCUUUGCCCAAACAUCCUGAACUUAAGACGAAAGUUGACGUUAGAUGUGUUUCUGUGCUGACAUUUGAACUGAAUUGUGGGAUAAUACUUUAGCAUUUCAUUGA